AUGGACAUAACCAAAAUCGACGACCUACCCGGCGAGUUGCGCUACGUCCAGUAUGAGCAUGCCCUCGAGGCCGACUAUCUCCCUGCCAUCCGCACCCUAAUCGCAAAGGACUUGAGCGAGCCAUAUAGCAUCUAUGUCUACCGCUACUUUCUGUGCCAAUGGGCCCAUCUCUGCUUCAUGGCCCUGAACCCAGCAGACUCCUCCCUUAUCGGCGUCAUUAUCUGCAAGUUGGAAGUCCAUGCAUCGCACUCCAAUCCUACCCGCCGGGGUUACAUAGCCAUGCUGGCUGUCGCGUCCUCUUUCCGCGGACAUGGCAUUGCCACCGCUCUCGUCAAGAAGGCCCUCGAUGCCAUGACAAAACGCAAUGCUGACGAGAUUGUCCUCGAGACGGAGGAGACCAACAUCCCUGCUAUGCGCCUGUAUGAGCGCCUCGGCUUCGUCCGCUCCAAGAAGUUGCACCGUUACUACCUCAACGGAAACAGCGCCUACCGAUUGGUUCUGCCUCUCAAAGUCCCUGACAUUGACGCCGAUCCGGACUCGUUUGACGGGCACGUGGUUUAG